CAUUUCAAGACUAGAGUAAAUUUUUAGGCAUCCAUGUUGAGGCGAAAUUCUAUGCGCGUGUCCAUCAGCUUGAGAAGGAAUUCGCGCCAAUGUUCGAUGCACUUCACGAGAAGAGAAAGGAAAUUGUAACAGGUGAACAUGAACCGACUGAUGAGGAGUGUAACUAUCCAAUUAUCAAUGGCCUCACUGAAGAGGAAGUCAAAAAGAUGGACGAAGCUAGUGCACCCGAACCAUCCGAAGGUACCAAGGGAGUACCUGACUUUUGGUUGAAUCUUCUCAAAUCAGUUGAUCAUCUGGCCGAAAUGAUUCAAGAACACGACGAGCCAAUUCUCAAGCAUCUCUACGAUAUUACGGUGGAAAUUGGUGAAAAUCCAGAUUCGUAUACUUUGUUCUUCCACUUCACACCGAACGAAUAUUUCAAACAAACAGUGUUGAAGAAAUGGUAUAGAAUUCAGUUGACACCCGAUGAAGACGAUCCAUUUGAUUUUGAAGGACCAAUGUUUGUCGAGGCUAAAGGAACAGAAAUAGAAUGGAACGAAGGAAAGAACGUCACCCAAAAGGUGGUCAAGAGAAAACAGAAGAAGGGUACUGGUGCGGGUAGAUUUGUCACCAAAACCGUGAAGGCUGAUUCCUUCUUCAACUUCUUUGAUGUUAAGACGACGAAAGCUGAUCUCAAUGAGGAUGAUAAGGAUUUCGAAGAACAACAGCUGUUGAGGGUUGAUUUUGAGACAGGUCAAUUGAUUCGUGAUCAGAUUGUGCCUCGAGCAGUUCUUUAUUACACCGGUGAAGCGGUCGAAGAUGAUAUCUACGAUGAUUACGAUGAGGAUGAAGAGGAUGACGAGGUGAGUGUGACUGAUAUUUGUGGUGCUUGAAAUGAUUUGAGCACGACGAAUGAAGGUUGUGGGUAAACUGCUGAAAGUGGAGUUUUAAUGAUGUUUGUUGUUGCUGUUUUAAUGAUGUUUGAAAGAGUCAGCAGAUAGAUGAUGCGCUGGGUUAUUGUGGUUGCUUGUUUGUUCUUUUGUUAUUGUUUGUUUUGAUUUUGGUUGGUUGUAGGGUUGAUGUAAUUCAGUUGAGUGAUCGAUAAAUCACAUUCAUCUUCUGUCAUUCUUAUCAACGUUAUCACCGGUAUCAAAAUUAUUUUUGUGUUGUUAUCAUCAAAUGGAUAUCAGUAAUAAUGCUAUUGAGAUUGUUCGAUGUUCUGGUUAUUUAUUGGUCUUCUGUUACAUAAAUGCGCUGCUUUGUU